UUUCAUUCUAAAGCAAAUGAAAAAUCAAAUCAUUACUAAAAUUGGAGGGUGAUGUUUUCAUGCAAACCCUGUUCUUAUCAGAAAAGCUUUGUUGUCUGAAAACAUAGGCACUUCAAAUAGAAAGUAACUCUUGAUCCAGAAUUUUACUGCAUUUUAACAUGUUCUAAGUUAGGCAUGAUUCUAUGGAAUGGGGUUGUUACAAAAAAAAAAACCAAAACAAAACUGACUCACCUGAAGAUUAUCAUAUAUUAUCCAGGUUUUCUUUAUAGCCUUUCCUUUAAAUAAUUCUUGACCUUGAGGCCCAGAAAUCAGAAGCUAGGUCUUCCCAAAAGAAAGUGCAAGCCUGGAUACCAUGCACUGGCAUUUUCAUUGUUAUUCUGUCAUUCUGUUCGGGCACGAUAAAUGCGGUCUUAAUGAAUGUACAGCUGUUUAUGAGUUUUUCUGCAUGGUAUCACAAAAACUUUCCAGGUGUGUCCACCAGUACUACUCAUCUGACCAGUACCAGUCAGCCCAACACCACCACCCCACCUGUGAUCCUGACAACUCAGCCCACCAAAACCAGCCAGACAGUAACACCCACCACAGCUUCACCAGUCACAUCACCACAAGCCAGUAUUACAUUGGUGACUACUUCUAAGACUUCCUCCACUUCUGUCACAGCCACAUCAAAAUCAGAGGCUGUCAUAGUCAAAACAUCCAGAUUUGAUGUGGGCAGUUUUGUAGGUGGCAUUGUGCUGACUCUUGGAGUCCUAGUGAUUCUCUACAUUGGAUGCAAAACUUACCACUCUAGAAGAGGCAUUCGGUACAGAACCAUUGAUGAGCACGAUGCCAUCAUUUAA